GUUAUUGAAUUCAAUAUCAAUCAAUUAAAUGAACAAAACACGAACUGUAAAAGUUGUUCAAAACAAGCAAAUGAGAACGGGGGCGAAUUCUUCUUCCUUGUGUCUCCACUUUCAUCAGAAGUUCCUUCGUCUCUUCCUAUGAUGAAUUGGGGAUUGUAUUUGACGUGAAUUGAAUUGUAUUGACAUUUCGUACCAUCCCUGUUCUGCGUUUGGUGUAAUGGUUCUCACUUUUCUGAGAAGCAAGUGAACAAAUCUCUUUAUUUUUGCUCGAUAACUUGCAGAAAAGAGGAGAUUCACUAUAAUUUAUGACAGUCAUGGAAGAUGAAUGAAGCUCUAUAUUCAUUCAACACCAACAACAACAAGUCUUAUUCCACUAGGUGGCGUCGGCUACUCGAAUUAAUCAGGUGAAUUGCAAUCAGAAGAGAAUAAAGUUUCUAUGGAGAAAAAUAAGAAAAGAAGGCUUAAAACACCUGCCCAGGUGAUGGCCCUGGAAAAAUUUUAUGAUGAGCACAAAUAUCCCACAGAAGAAAUGAAAUCAGAACUUGCUGAGGAGUUAGGCUUGACUGAAAAGCAAGUAUCUGGAUGGUUUUGCCACAGACGGUUAAAAGAUAAAAGAUUGUUGAAGGAUGAAGCAUGUGCUAAUGGACGGCAAGAUCGUUCAAGUGGUGUCAUCCAGGACCAUGUAAGUGGACUAGGGCAAGAUUCAUGUGGAAGCACUAAACAUGGUGAUUAUAAGCAUCUUGAUCUGAAAGAGGUUGAGAGUCAUGGCCUCUACAGCAAUGACUUUUCUGUUGCAGAUAUGACUUAUGGACGUAAUAGACACUAUAAUGAAGAUGUUGGUGGAACUGAUAACACAUCUUCUGAGAGUAGCUCGUCUUUAAGAGAUCAGAUGUUCUCUCAAGGGCAGGAUCCAUAUAACAUGGAGCCUUCUAGACAUCUGACACCUAACAGAGCUCUGCCACCUUUAGUUCCCAAAGCUGCAAUUAACAUUGGAUAUAAACCAUCAGGAUAUUUGAAAGUGAAGGGUGAGAUAGAAAAUGCUGCUAUAACUGCUGUCAAGAAGCGAUUAGGAAGACACUAUCAGGAAGAUGGUCCACUGCUUAGUGUAGAAUUUGAUCCAGUUCCUCCAGGGGCAUUUGAGUGCCAAAUUGCAGAUCCAGUUGAUGAAUCAUUCCAUACUGCGAAUCCUUCUCUUGCCAGUCCUACAGAAAUUCCUGCUGGGAAAAGGCAACCUGCCCUUAACUCUAUGUAUGACUCCAAAUAUAGUUCCCAAGAUUUACAUAUGGAAGUAGGAGAUCUUGGCUCCUUGCAUGACGCUGAUUUGCUGGAUAAGAAACCCCGUCGACACAAGCAAGGGCGGACAUUUCAGGGUCAUACCAAUCAUAUACCUCAUAGGAACUCCUCCCUGGAGUUGUAUGAAGAUUCUACUAGAGAAGUACCUGCUUAUAAUACAAUGAGGUCUAAACAUGGUGUAGGGAUGAGAUCUGAUUCUGCUUCUAACCAUAGUGAUCACUUUGAAGGGGACCUUGUGGUUAAGCAGGCAGAUUCACUUCUGCAUCGCUAUGAUAAUGUCAAUCCAAAGAAAAUUCAGAGAAGUGAAUAUGUAAAAUCUAAGCCUUCAAAUUCAUUAAGAAAUUCUCGCGUUUCUCUUGAUACUGAAGAAAGAGGACUAUCUUCAAAGAUAGCAAAGGAAGAGAAGUUUAUUGGAGACAAGAAAGCGAGAAAACAAUAUCAUGAUUCAGAGAGAAUGAGGAUGCUUCCAAAUGAAACCACGAUUGCAAAAAGAGUUAAAGAUGAUCUUCCUCAACAACAGAAUCUGAAACAUGCACUAGUAGCUGAGAUGCAACCUCAGAAAAAUCGGAGGUCUGCAACAGAGAUACUUUCUAGCUUUAGUGAAGAUGAAACCGCUGAAUCCAGUUCCUCGCUGGACUAACCAGCUGGUCAUUGGUAGGUGUUAGAAAGUCUGAGAAAUAUGUACAGUCUAAAAUGACAAGAGAUACAUUUUGGCCAAGAAAAAUAUAAGCAAUAGAGAAGCAAGACUUCCUUUGCUGUUUGUGGUGCUCGCUUGUGUGCCUUUUUGUACAAAAAAAAGAAAAAAAAUCAUUCCCCAACUUUUUUGUUUCUGUUGUCAAUAAUGUAAUAUAUUAUUUGCUUGGAGUUCUGAUAGUAGGUAUCAAAAGUCAAAACUCAGCUUAGGACAUAUCAUUUUGCCAUAUUGGUUGAUUAUGGCAGUGCCUUCCAAAAACUUGAUCCAAGUUUGAAAGUGUAUGAGAUGGCAAUAGUAAAAAUUCGCAUAGUAGUCUGGAAUAAA